AUGCUCGAAGCACGCGAGCCGGUACCAGAUCCCUGGAUGCCCUCAGACUUCCGCGUCGCGAUGGACAAGCGGGAGCCGGAACCUGUCGUGCCCGCCUGGGUGCGCAUCCGCCCUAUGAUUGGUACCACUGUCGUGCACGCCGCCCGCGAGCCGAAGCCAGAGCCCGCGCCGUUCAGAGUCAUCCCAACCGCGAUGCACCGGAUGCUGAUGAACAGAAUCAGGCCGAAGCGGGAGGAUCUUUUGGAUGACCUUGAGUGA